AUGGGAUAAGUGGUCUUUUCCCUGUACGGUAUUGCAGGGCCUCUUCCACCGUGAGAGCGACCGAUGGUGGGGAUGACGCUUAUUAGUAGUUCGACAUCAUUUACCUAUCGUCAGUUAAUAACAGUUCCUCGGUCAUGACUCACCUGGUUUUCGCUCUUCUGCAAGAUUCAACAAGGACGUAUUAGACAACACUGAAUCUGCGAAGGCGAAAAUCGGGGGGGGGGAGGGCUGAAUGUGCUAAUUAAUUCCGCUAGGACUGUUGUCUACGAAAAUAUCUACGAUUUCAAGAACAAGAAGCCACAUUCUGCUGACCUGUAUAGACGCGUUUUCGAAACUAACGUGUAGGGGUUAUUUAACAUAACACGCUUAGUGGCCGGCUUGAUGGCGGGGUUGGCGGGCGCUCCACCACCUGUUUCGGAUACUCGAGGCACCUGGAGAUCCGUGAAGAACAGCGCAGAGGUCCUUAUAGAUCCAAUGAAACUAAGAGAGCGUGUUCUUGCACUUUUUUUUCCCGAAGAAAAGCCCGUGACAGCUCCUCAGGGAAAAAAGGAAAAACAGGAGCAGAGCACCACGGAAGAAGAAUCAAAAGGCGACGAAACCAUCAAGGAAGUCGCUCAUUGGAUUCCAGCAUACUACGAGGAUUCGUGGGUAAAGGACGUAAAUUCGUGGACAACUGAAGAGAAUGCGUGGACAACUGGCGUGAAUGUCUGGACGAGGGAAUUAAAUUCGUGGAUAAGUGGCUUUAAGCCGCGUUCAAGUAACGCGAAUUCGUGGACGAAUACAGUGUAUCAGCGGACAAAUAAAUUGUAUCCGCAGACGAAUAAAUUUUAUCCGCGGACGAAUGUUGUGUAUCCGCCGACGAAUGUUGUGUAUCCGCCGACGACUGUUGUGUAUUCGCCGACGAAUGUUGUGUAUCCGCCGACGAAUGUUGUGUAUCCGCAGACGAAUUGUGAGUUUCCGCAGACGAAUUGUGAGUUUUCGCAGACGAAUUGUAAGUUUACGCAGACGAAUUGUGAGUUUACGCAGACGAAUUGUGAGUUUACGCAGACGAAUUGUGAGUUUACGCAGACGAAUUGUGAGUUUACGCAGACGAAUUGUGAGUUUACGCAGACGAAUUGUGAGUUUCCGUGGACGAAUUGUGAGUUUCCGUGGACGAAUUGUGAGUUUCCGUGGACGAAUUGUGAGUAUCCGCAAAUGAAUCGUGAGUAUCCGCGGACGAAUUUUGGGUGUCCGUGGAUGAAUUAUGAGUAUCCGUGGAAGAAACCUGAUUAUUUGCGGACGAAUCCUGAUAUUGUACAGAUGCUUGAGACCGUGAGGUUUUACGAUAUGUGCUUAGAAAUACUAUCACGGCAAUUUGUGGAUUAAGUGGUCUUUUCCCUGUAUGGUAUUGCAGGGCCUCUUCCACCGCGAGAGCGACCGAUGGUGGGGAUAACGCUUAUUAGUAGUUCGACAUCAUUUACCUGAUCGUCAGUUAAUAACAAUUCCUCCGUCAAGACAUACCAGGUGAAGUUCGACAAGGACGUAUUAGAGAGCAUUGAAUCUGCGAAGAUGAAAUUCGGGAGCGUGAGCGUGCUAAUUAAUUCCGCUAAGGUUGUUGCCAACGAAAAUAUAUACAAUUUCAAGAACAAGAUGCCACAUUCUGCUGACCUGUGUAGACACGUUUUCCAAACUAACGUGUGGAGUUUAUUUAAUAUAACGCGCUUAGUGGUCGGCUUGAUGGCGGAGUACGAUCCGCUUUUAAUAAACAAACACGAAUUAUGCCAAACCCUUCGUACAUGAUGCCCGGCGCUCCACCACCUGAUUCAGAUGGUGAUGGCACCUUGAGACCCGUGGGGUACAGCGUGGUGGACUGUACACAUCCAACGCUACCACGGCACCAGAAGAAAGGAAGGAAGAAAAGCGGUGGAGCACCACGAUAAGCGCAGUAAAACGCUACGAAAUCAGCGAGGAAGUCGCUCAUUGGAUUUCAUUAUACUUCGAGAAUUCCUGGAUAAGGACCUAAAUUCGUGGACAACUGACACGACGAGAAUUCGUUUCUGAACUACAAGAAUUCGU